AUGCCUUCCAAGAAGAAAGCCAACACUCAGGUUAAUGCCGCCAAACCGCAGCCGUUGCCCGCGACAACUUCUGCACAAGAUGCGCCUGCACCAACCCAACCCCUGCAAAAGUCGGGUCCAGCAAUGUCGUCCACGCCGUCGUUGAACAGCCAGCCUUCACAAGCAAAGUCAGAUGCAGAUUUGAAGACUGGGGACACCACUGAAUCGGCUGGAGAGCCUGCUCAUGCUGCGGCGGUCAAUCGCAAGAAGCAAAAGAGACGGGAAAAAGAGGCUGCAAAACGGGCGGCGGAAAAGACGGACAUGGCGAUCCCAAAUGGUCAUGCUCCCGCGCCAGGAAUCAAACCGAACGGACAGUUACCCCCCGUCAAACAAGGUCGGGGUCCGGUAAAGGGUUAUUUCACUGAAGAGCCAGACUAUCCAGAUCCCGUUGACCCAACAUACCCUGAUAUUGGGAGUCCAGAAGAAGCAUUUUAUAGUGGCGAUGAGGAUCCCAAUUACGGAGAAGGAGCAGAUGCAAUGCACGACAGCUCAUGGCUGAAUACCAGCAAGCGGAAGAAGUCCAAAACCACGAACGAUGCCCUGUCGAGGACUUCAACAAUGCUAUCUCGCUCCAACAUCCCGCCUUUAUCGAAUGCCGCGAUGCGAGCUUCCCAGAAACUUUCAAGCGAUCACAUAUGGAAUACCUCAACUCAAGCCGAGCGGGAAAACAUCAAGCAGUUUUGGCUGGAGUUAGGCGAGGAUGAGCGAAGAUCCUUGGUCAAGGUCGAGAAGGAGGCCGUCUUACGGAAAAUGAAGGAGCAACAGAAGCACUCUUGCAGCUGCUCCGUAUGUGGGCGGAAACGCACCGCGAUCGAGGAGGAAUUGGAGGUGCUUUACGAUGCUUACUACGAGGAACUCGAACAGUUUGCCAACCACAACUCCGACCUCUCCACCGUUCCUCAGAUGAUGGCCCCUCCCCGUCCUCCGUUUGUACAAAAAGCACAUCCCAUGGGUAAGGCGUAUCCUGGGCUAGGUCCUAUGGAGGUGAUGGAAGACGAUGAAGAGGAUCUUGAGGACGACGACGAGUACGACGACGAAGACGACGAAGGAUAUAGCGACGAUGAGGGAGAGCUUGAUGAUCAUGGUCUGCCACCGGGGCCGCCCGACUUUUUCCAAUUCGGCAACAGUCUUACCGUGAAAGAUGGUAUACUCACCGUUGCAGACGAUUUGCUAAAGAACGACGGCAAGCACUUCAUAGACAUGAUGGAGCAAUUGGCGGAGAGACGCAUGCAACGUGAGGAAGAUAUUCGCUACCAUUCCUCGUCAUUAGCUCAUCGAGAUAUUCAUCAAGGUCACAAUCAUCCUCCCAUAGACGACGAUGAUGAUUAUGACGAUGAGGAGGAUGAUGAGGACUACGACUCCCAAGAAGAGGACGAUUUCGAAGGGGACGAUAUGGAUUCCAUGACCGAAGAACAGCGCAUGGAAGAAGGUCGACGGAUGUUCCAGAUUUUUGCCGCGCGGAUGUUCGAACAACGUGUCUUGACAGCCUAUCGAGAGAAAGUCGCCGCGGAACGCCAGAGAAAGUUGCUCGAAGAACUAGAUGAAGAGAGCCGACUCGAUUCGCAACGAGAAGCAAAGAAGGCCCGAGAAGCAGCGAAGCGAAAGGAGAAGAAGCGACUCCAGAAACAAGCGAAAGAUGAGGAGAAAGCAAAGAAGGAGGCUGAGAAAGCUGCUCAAGAAGCAGCCGCGCGAGAAUUGGAAGAAAAGCGGCUAGAGGAACAGCGGCAACGACGCGAAGAGCAGCGCAAGAAGCGUGAAGCUGAGAAGAAGGUUGCCGAGGAGGAAAGACUCCGUAAGGAAGCUGAGAAGCAUCGUAAGCAACUCGAAGCCCGCGAGCGACAAGCCGAACAAGAACGCAAGGCACGGGAAGCAAAGGAACGUGAACGGCUGAGACGCGAAGAGACGAAAAAGAAAGAACGCGAGGAGCGAGAAGCUAAGGAGAAGGAGGCCAAGGAGCGGAAGGCGAAAGAAGACCGCGAGAGGAAAGCCAAAGAGGAGCAGUUACGAAAAGAAAAAGAGGCGGCUCUGAGGGUGGAAAAGGAGGCCAAAGAGCGUGCCGUCCAUCAACACCCGGCGAAACAACAGCCUGUGGCGCUUCCCCCUGGUCUGCAGCCUCCUUCUCGCGGUCCGAGCAUACAAUCGCCGCAUGUCUCUGUCGCAACACCGGUCAUUCCUCCCAAAGUCCCAACGCCUGUUCGGAACAGACAACCUUCGCAACCUGGGCAGCAUUCUCAUGGCUCGUCUCCGCGAUCACAGAAGGCUAGCACCGAGAUAUCCCAAAGUUCUGCUUCUCCAGCGACUGUCGCCAUGCCUCACACACCAGCUCUUGGGCAGCCCGUGAAAGCGCAAGGGCAGCCUCCACCACUUCAUCACCCGCAGCCUUCCGCCCCCAGGUCGCCUUUGAACAACCACGGCCGGGGGCAAUAUCCGUUCAAUAUGAAUGGACUGCCGGGUUUGGGAGUAAGUGGUCCACCACCGAUGGGUGCUCCAGGAAUGAUGCCAACUAUGAUGCCUCCAAUGCACAUGUACCCUGGGCCUCCUCCUAUGGGUAACCAGCAGCGUUUCGCCCAGAACGGCAUGCAGUAUCCUCCAGGAUUUCCGAGAACUUUCCAACCAGGCCAACAAAUGCCCUUUGUACCCCAGCCUCCCAAUCAGGCGCCUCCGAUCGUCAAUCAACAGCCAGUGCCCAAGCCCCAAGUACAUUCCAGACAACCAUCGAGCGAGCAGGCUCCGAUAGGCAGACCAGGACUAGGGCCCAUUGCACGACCGUCCAGUACUACCCCAGACAAGCAGAAACCGCAAAGAAAAACUCCAGAUGUCGAUAUGGAUCAUCUGGCUACACAGCUUGGUAGCAAGGCGUUGUUGGAUGAUUCAGAUGCGCCGUUCUUGGAAAACUCGGACUCUCGCAUGAGCCUUCCCCCUGUCGGUCCGCCUGGUUCUGCAAGGAUACCAUUCGCGAGCAGCUUUCCUGAACACAGGCAGGAACCGUUCGGUAUGGGAAACCCUGGCUGGGGCGGUUUCAACCCUGGCAUGGCUCCGACUCCCAACUGGGGCCCACCUAGCUCGCAACGUCCUAGCCCGGGCUGGGGUCAACCACCCUUUGGAGCGAUUGGUUCUGGACCUCAAGCCAUUUCAAGGUCCCAUCUCCCUCGCCCGAUUGCUGUGAGACUUAUGCUUGUUCAAGCUUGCCGUCAGCUGUCACAAAUCCCGGUUGCCAGUGCCGACGGGUACCAUCCAGUACAGAAUGUGCUCCGACAGCUGGAGACUCUCAAAGCACCAGGUGACCCACCAGUCUCCAUGGAUGAGAUGCUUGGAAUAUGCGACACCGAGGGCAACUCACAGAAUGGCGGCGGGUCAUUUGAGGUUAUCAAGGACAAAACCAGGGGGCAAGUGAUCAAAUUCGUCGAGGAUGCCCCAAGUCAACCACCCAGAGGCAGCGUUGGUGAGAUUGGAAGUCCGUUACUGGGCCACAGUCAACAUAUCCACCAUACCAGCCCAUUGGGUGGCAUUGUCGGCCAACCAAGCAGCUUCGGACCUCCAGGUAGGAGUUUCUAG